AUGGCCGAUAAACAGGGCGACACGCAAUUUUCCGCUUCAUCUAAUUCUUCCUCGCGCCGUGCCUCAGCCGUGUCCGGAGAAGAUACCAGGAUGUCCUCGGGAACAGUGCGUCAGUCUAGAAUGACCGCCCAGACCAGGACUUACGGCACUUUGGAUUCAUCUGAAAGAACGACGGUUGAUUCCCAAUUCGUCGAAGGCCAACCUGAGAGCUCGAGUCGCGCACCUCUGCCCGCCUCCCCUUCUAUGGGGCCUCUACGAAGUGACGGAGACAAGUUGAGAAAGCCACCUAUAACGCGCCGAAUGUCCUCAAAACGCCACGUACCUCAUAAAGGCCAGGAGUUCUCCACAGACGACGAUGUUCACGAGAUUGAGGAGGAUAUCGCCCUUCAAGCAUCUAAUCCUCAACCCUCGCCUAGGAUACGGCCACUGCGGAAACAAAGCUCAACUUUAAGACGGAGGCUGAACGCUCGAGUUAACCCAUUUUCGUCUUCCGGUAAUGCUGAUUACGAUGAUGAAGAUGCCUCCUAUGACGACGCUGGCCUUCCAGAAUCAAGCUUGGGAAUGAAUGGGAAGGAUUCUUUCCCCCAGGACCUUGACGACGAUAAUGAUAGUGAGGGGAGUAAUAAUCAGGAGGCAGAUAAUGAUGAUGAUGCCAGUGACGCGGAGAGCUUCACUCUAAAGGAUCGCCAACAGGCAAUAAACGAGACGCAUCCGUUCGGAAUACGGUUGUGGAAGCCAGCCCUCUACAAGAAAAGUCGUUCGGUCGAGAAGACUGCAGAAGGUGAUAUCCAUUCAUCACCUGGGGGCAGGGUUGGCACCCUCUUGUUCUUGAUGAAUCUCCUAUGGACGUUAUUCUUCGGCUGGUGGCUCGCAAUUGCCGCGUUGAUGGGCGCUAGUGCUUGUUUCAUUUUUUCGUAUUCCGCCAGCGCGGUGGAAUAUGGCAAGGCAUUUUCUGGACUUUCUUGGUAUUUAUUCUACCCUUUUGGAUCCUUUGUCCGCCUUGAUACAGAUGAGCACUACGCUGAGGAGGACGAGGGGGAAGGCCGCAGCAUCAGCGAGUAUGAACAGUGGCAGAACGGCGAUAUUGAACACGGCGGGCUGUUCUUCGGACCACGUCGUAAUCGGUCGCUUGUGGGAAGAAGAAGGAAUAGUGUUGAUUCGGCUGGGGAGCAAGAUAGUCUCUUGGGCCGUGCACCCAGGGGACGCUCUGAAGAUAGCUCUCUCCGUCCUAAGCGCCGUUUGUUUGGCCGUGGCGAGUGGACACUUGGGCGCGUUGUAUUCUUCGUCUUUUUCUACUUCCUGGUAGGACCACUAAUGCUCUUCGUCUCGCUCGUUUGUUGGUUAUUCGUCUUCUGGAUUCCCAUGGGGCGCGUGACCCUUAUCCUCUUUGAUCAUCUUCGCAGGCAUCCCCUAGCUCUAUCGUACCAUUCUGAUACGACGUUUACCCGAAUAAGCCCGGGGUCUUCGGCUUCAGUCCUCCUCUGCACCUAUCGUGCGGCAGGCUUGAGGUAUUGGAAGUACACGGUUGGUGGCACUAACGUUUUUCUUAUCAAUCUCCUCGCGGUUGUUAUAUUCGUCGUUUUCGACUACUUUUUUUUGAGAGAGGCCCUGGGUCUUCAGAUUUGGGUCACCCAUCCUGGACUAAUAUUUACACUCGCAUUGCUCUCCGUCAUCCCUUUGGCCUAUUUCAUCGGCCAAGCUGUUGCGUCUAUAUCUGCGCAGUCAUCAAUGGGCAUGGGUGCAGCCGUCAAUGCGUUCUUCUCCACCGUUGUCGAGGUCUAUCUUUACUGCGUUGCUUUGACUGAGGGCAAAGGUCGACUUGUUGAAGGAAGUAUCAUUGGCAGCAUCUUCGCUGGAAUUUUGUUUCUACCGGGUUUAUCGAUGUGCUUUGGCGCUAUCAAACGCAAAACUCAACGCUUCAACGUCAAGUCUGCGGGAGUCACAUCGACAAUGCUACUUUUCGCUGUAAUUGCCGCCUUCGGUCCCACUCUAUUCUACCAAGUAUACGGCAGUCACGAACUCAAUUGUCACGCUUGUGAGAGUGAUAUGGAACCAGGCAGCAGCGAUUGUCGUCGUUGCUACUUUUCUCAAGUACCAGCUAUAAACGAUGGAUUCUUCCAGAAAGCUGUUCAGCCGUAUUCAUGGAUUGCAGCCAUAUUCCUAUUUCUGUCCUACGUUAUUGGUCUAUGGUUUACCCUGCGAACGCAUGCGGCCCUCAUCUGGGCUACAGAAAUGGACGAGAAGAAAACCACCACUCUCCCACAAGAGCAAAGUACUGAUGAUCCAAGCCAUGAAUUCUUUUCCGCUGCACAUUUAGCAGCUCCCAGUGGAAACACAGGGACACGAAGCUCUGUUCGGGACUCACAGCUAUAUAAGAGGAUAUUGGGACAAUCCUUGAGGGACGUUGGCCUGACUGAAAAUGUUGGUGAGUACGAUGCAAACCAGCCAGAAUCUGGUCCUUCGCGAUGUAACAACACAACACCAUAUCUUGUCCCUCAAAAAGAAGAAGACAAUCACUCAGCCUUCGGGGAGUAUGCCGGGCUUUCGAAGCAACAAAACGAAACUAUCGUCAGGAAGGUCACCGAGGUUGCGGCGACCGCUGCUACUGUUGCCGCUCGGGAUGUUGCCCGAACCCGCAAACUCUCAGGUCCACGCGGAACAGGCCGUCCAGCGGCAAAAACGGCUUCUUCUAAACAGGUGAAAACAAUUCCAGAAGAUCAUGACGAUGUCGGCCUUGAGCAGAGCCAUACCACUGGCGGGCACGACGCCCCAAACUGGAGCAGAACCAAGAGUUCAGUCAUCCUCCUCGUAGCCACCAUCUUCUAUGCCGUGAUUGCCGAGAUCCUUGUAAACACCGUUGACGUUGUCUUGGAAAGCGUUGACGUUGAUGAGAAAUUCUUGGGAAUCACAUUGUUUGCGUUGGUGCCCAACACUACAGAGUUCUUGAAUGCUAUCUCGUUUGCCAUGAACGGAAAUAUUGCGCUCUCCAUGGAGAUCGGAUCCGCCUAUGCCCUGCAGGUUUGUCUCUUGCAAAUACCUGCUCUUGUCUUGUUUAGUGCCUUCUACGCCCGUGUUCUUGACCCAGAACAUUUGAUUACACACUCCUUCAGCCUCAUUUUCGCGCAAUGGGAUAUGAUUACAGUCAUCCUUUGCGUUUUUCUCCUCUCUUAUGUCUACGGUGAAGGUAAAAGCAAUUAUUUCAAGGGCUCAAUCCUCGUCCUGACCUACCUUGUCGUCGUGAUUGGGUUCUUCCUCUCUGGUUACAGUAACAUGGACACCAUGGGUGUUGAUCGCUUCAACACCUUGGCCCUGAACAUUGAAUCUAGGCCCGAGAAAUUCUACACAAUUGGCAGGUCGAAAAGCGGAGUUGCCUAUCAGCGUGUUCACUGA